CCUUUUAGUUUAUAAGGGGUUAACUUUAUCACCGUGUCACACAUUCAAAAAUCUUGUAUGACUUGAUUGAGAAACCUUUUCUACCGCGAGCACUUUCUCUCCUUCAGCCAAUCACUGCUCAGCAAACAGGUACGGCGAGGAACACCACACCCGCGAGAGAGAGAGAGAGAGAGAGAGAGAGAGAGAGAGAGAGAGAGAGGCCCUUAGCGUGUCGGUGGAAGACUCGAUGAGAGAGUUCAGUUCAGACUGUUCCAGAAACUUCGAAUGAACCGAUUCACUUCUAACAGAAACACACACCGUAUCUGUCUUAUUAGGUUGAAGUAAGGAAAAGAAAGGGGACAGAAACGAGGCAAAAGUGUAGCAAUAAAAAGUAAGGAGUGAAAGAGCGAGAGGAAGAGAGAGAGGAGGGGAGGUGAGUAACUGACAAGCAGUGGAGGAUGGACGGCUGGCUGAGCGAGGUCCAGCAGCGGCCGGCUCUGUACGUGUUCUGCAGUUCGAUGACCUUCAGGCUGAUCCACAGACUGCUGCAGACCCUGCCCAGACCCAGGACAGUGGACGCUGAUCCCAGGAAGAGCUGGAAAUGGAAGAACCUAUCAGUGUCCCUCGUCCACUCCCUGCUGACCGGCGUCUGGGCCAUCUUCUGUGUACAUCAGUAUCCAGUGAUGGUGCAUGAGAUCCGCUCGUCCUUCACUCCACUUUCAUAUCUGCUUGUGAUCGUCUCAACAGGGUACUUCAUUCAGGAUGCUGGAGACAUCAUCUUUAGUGGCUAUGCCAGAGAAUCAUGGGAGUUUCUGCUUCAUCAUGCUGUGGUGAUCGGGACUUUCGUGUAUGCUGUGAUUACGAGUCACUAUGUGGCAGGGGCUGUGAUAGCCCUCUUUGUUGAAGUCAACAGUGUAUUUCUGCAUUCUCGGCUGUUGCUCAAAUUAGCUGGAGUGACCCAAGACUCACGCUUCUACUCCAUAAACAAGGUGCUCAAUGUUGCAACAUAUGUCAGCUUCCGACUUGGAGCUCAGUUCUACCUCACUUGGUAUAUUAUCUAUAACUACUCUUGGCUAGACCAUGCCCUGUUUUUCCUCAUUUCUCUGAUGCUAAUGAACAUCAUGAUCCUCAUAUAUUUCUACCGUCUUCUACGAGCUGACUUCUUCACAAAAUACACUCAUCAGAAUGGUGUCCACAAGUUUGCCAAAGACUAGCAACCCAUAAAA